AUGAGACUGUUCUGUCACUUGUUUCUGUCAUGCAUUCUGCUGCUUUACUUCAACAGUGCUCUAUGUGUCAGUUUUCCGCGCAGCUUAAUGAACAAAUAUCGAGAUAAGGUGAAAGCAAUGUUUUAUCAUGCAUACAACAGCUAUCUUUUGCAUGCUUACCCACUGGAUGAACUGAAACCACUUUCAUGUUCCGGCAUGGAUACAUGGGGAAGCUUUAGCUUAACGCUAAUCGACUCGUUGGAUACACUACUUAUUAUGGGUAAUGAAACAGAAUUCAUGCGUGCCGCUGAAAUUAUUCUUCAUACUGUUAAAGUUGAUAUGAAUGUUAAUGUAUCAGUGUUUGAAACCAACAUACGGGUAGUCGGCGGUCUAUUAAGUGCUCAUAUGCUUUCUGGACGAGUAAAAGGAAUGGCGUUAGAACCGGGAUGGCCCUGCUCGGGACCUCUGCUACGACUUGCCGAACGUUUCACUCAAAAGCUGGUACCUGCUUUUAAAUCUGCUACUGGAAUGCCUUACGGAACGAUUAACUUGAAACAUGGUCUUCAUCCAAAUGAAACAGCCAUAACAUGUACUGCUGGCGUUGGCACAAUGCUGCUGGAAUUUGGGACUUUGUCGCGCAUUACUGUAAGAACCUGUAUAAUGGAUUUCGUAUGA